UGGCGUUGGAUGACAACAGCAUGCUCCUGUUUAAGUAUCCGACCCGUGGGUGAAGCGAUCAGCAAUUUGGGAGAAGACCAACAGACUCAUCGCAAUUCUCAUCCACAGAGGAAGAUGUCUGGAAUAAAGAUGUCACAAGAGAAGAAAACAGUCUCCGUUCCUAUGGCCACAUUGAGUGAGCCCCAGCAACCUUAUGCUCCUGGAUACUUUGCUUCAUAUACCCAGGGGCAAUAUGCACCACAAGCCUAUGUUCCAGAAUUGUAUGCACCACAAUCCUACAGCUCAGAACCACAAAGCUACACUGUUAAACAAUAUGUAUCAGAUUCAAGUGCGCCCAACCCUUUGGAGUCUGAGCAUUAUCGUGUCUCAGAUGCUCACUACUAUGACUGUCCAUCUCCACCACCGUAUACCUGUGAAGAAGUGCCUGGUGACACAGUAGGACCAGUCUGCAUGGACUCUUCCCCACCUGUGGUGGUUGCGGGGAUCUUCUCGAGUAAACCCACAUCCACCAUCUGCCCCUGCUGCCGACAGAUCAUCACCACCGAGGUGGUCUUCCGCAUGGGAUGCCUCACCUACGCGCUCUCUGCCGGCCUGUGUAUGGUGGGCUGCUGCCUGGGCUGCUGUCUCAUCCCCCUCCUGACCAAAUGCUGUAAGGACGUUGACCAUUAUUGCCCGUGCUGCCGGUACCACAUCUACCGAUACAAGAGGAUCUAGCUGCUUAGAAGAAAAGUCAACCCAGUCAUGUGCUUGGAAAUAAAGUGACAGUAAAGUUGUUUCCAACUUUGGUGGAUUCACACACUCCAUCCUGGAUUGGAACUGGACUGCACUGCAGGAUUGGCUCCCUAGU